AUGAUAGUCUCUGACAAACACUGGACAUCGACGGCUCCCGAAGCGGCCCAGCACCAACUCAUCCAACUUGCACCUGCCGUCCUGAACGCGCUCGCCAAUAAUGACUUGCAAUCUGCUAGAGAGCUUUCCAACAACCCCGACAUGACCCCAUACCUUGUCUCAUCCGAGUGUCUCGGGGUGUGGAAGCGUCGCGCCGCUCAGAUCCGCACCGACCCGGACGGCGCCGUCUGGGUGACCCGACUACUGCUAGUGGUGGACGCACAGACGGACGGCGGCGGCGCCGGCGCCGGCGGUGUCGUCGUAGUCGGCCGCGCGGGCUUUCACGGACCGCCGGACCACCAGCGCGGCAUGGUCGAGGUGGGCUACGCGAUUGACCCGGCGUAUCGGCGUCGGGGCCACGCUCGGGCGGCGCUGCGCAUCAUGCUGGACGUGGCGGCGGGGGAUGCGCGGGUGAGGGUGGUGCGGGCGUCCAUCAGCCCGGGAAACGCGGCGUCGGAGGGAGUGGUCAAGGGGUGUGGCUUUGAGGAGGUGGGCGAGCAGUGGGAUGAAGAGGAUGGGCUAGAGAAGAUUUGGGAGGUUGCUGUGUAG